AUCCCCCACUAACCAAUUACUUCGAAGUCACAAAACCCAUCAAACUACCCGACACAAAACCUUGCUCAAACCUUGUCCUCAACCAUGAAUUCGGCUACACGUAUGGAAAACCACCAGUUCUCGCCAAUUACACUCCUCCUUCCAAUUGCCCAUCUCAUAAUUUCUCCAAAAUCGUCCUCCAAUGGACAGCAACAUGUAAGGGUAGACAAUUCGAUCGAAUUUUCGGGAUUUGGCUCGGCGGCGUUGAGCUUCUCCGGAGCUGCACUGCGGAGCCGAGACGCACUGGAAUCGAUUGGACCGUGAAGAAAGAUGUUUCCAAGUAUUAUUCAUUGUUAAUGACUAAUCAAACACUUGCUGUUUAUCUUGGUAACCUUGUUGAUACUACUUACACUGGUGUGUACUCUGUGAAUUUAACUUUCCAUUUCUAUCCUGCUCAAGAAGUACAUAGUAGUAAUUCUGUUAAUGGGUAUUCUUAUGAGUCAAAUUUGGGUAAUUGGGUUAAUGGGUUUGGUCCUGGGGCUGAUUUGAUUUUGCCUAUUUCAAGAAAUUUACCAUUGAAUGAUGGGUUGUGGUUUGAAAUUCAGAAUUCAGAUGAUUUACAAUCGAAGAUGUUUGAUAUUCCCCAAAAUGCAUACAGGGCUGUGUUGGAGGUUUAUGUUUCUUUUCAUGAGAAAGAUGAAUUUUGGUAUACGAAUGUACCGGAUGAGUAUAUUGAUGCGAAUAACCUCACUGAUUUGCCCGGGAAUGGGGCUUUUAGGGAGGUUGUGGUUAGUUUGGAUGGUAUGACAGUUGGUGCUGUUUGGCCUUUUACUGUGAUUUAUACCGGGGGAGUCAAUCCCCUCCUAUGGAGACCUAUUUCUGGUAUUGGAUCUUUCGAUCUCCCUUCUUAUGAUAUUGAAAUCACUCCAUUUUUGGGAAUGAUUCUAGAUGGAAAGACCCAUAAGUUUGGAUUUAGUGUCACGAACGCUUUGAAUGUGUGGUACAUAGACGCGAAUUUGCACGUUUGGUUGGACAAGAAGAGUGUGAAAACGGAGGGAAAGCUUUUGAGUCACAAUAGCUUGCCUCCUGUUAUUACCUCGGUGACAAAUUUCACAGGUCUAAAUGGAAAUUUCUUGACUACUGCUACCAGGUCUGUAUCAUCGAUUGGAUGGGUGAGGUCAUCCCACGGGAAGAUCACAACCAAUUCAACUCAAUCGUUCAAUUACAGUAACUUUAUGGUGAUGGGGAAGGAUGGGAAUUUGCAGAUUGUGAAUCAGAUGAUUGAUUUUAACGACACCGUCUAUGCCAAUGCGCCAUCUUCUUUUACGUAUUCAAUCAAAUCGUUUAAAAGGUUUCCCCUUUACCUUUACUCCGACAUUGUGGACCAUGGAAAUGGAACUUACAGUUCGGUAGCGAAUCUAACAUUGGGUUUUAAUGAGGAGAGGGUUAGGGCUGGUGAUUUUGGAUUCUUGGUAAGUUCUUUAAAAAAUUUGCAGGAUGGGCAGGGUGUCAUUCUUGUAAAGGGCCACUUGGUGAUUAGCGGAUUAGGGAGUACACAACAAGCAUACCAAUAUGAUGGUAGUGAAUUAUGCUAUUUUAGAUUUGUGACAAGCUCGAAUUACACUAUUCUUUAUGACAAAGAGGGAAAUUCUUGCAGCAAAAAAUUUCAGCCUCAUCUGCGUUCUGGUUUUGCCAAAUGGUGGCAUUUUCCUGCUCGGAGGGCCUUCUUAGGAUCUGAUAUUCGCAAUAAUAAGAACCGGCAUUGAGUCUUUCAGUUGGUUGAUUCUUCAAUUGCUUCAUAAAAGAGUACUCCUAUUCGCUUCGUGGAGAAUUUCGAAGAGUUGGAAGACCAAAUAAAAAGUAAGCGUAUCAUAAUCUUCAACUAUCUUGAAUGUGAAUCAUGCUUUUCGCACUGUUAUUGUAAACUUCUUGUUAAUUGAAUUUAAGUGAUCUUGUUUUGUUUUUUUGUCCAAAAUAAAUUGUAAAUCAUCUACAGCUUUCUGGCUAAAACUAUUUUUUGGAAAUUUGGGAAUUGAUACCGGUGGUGUAUAUUCCUUUAUUCCUACAAUACAUAUUUGUGUUGUUUCAACUAUUUUAAGCAUAGUGUGAAAGUUGAAACAGUUACUUUCA